GGUAUUCACAGGCUUUUAUAGACUCUUGUUUCUGCCAUGUUUAUUCCCCAGAAGGUCUGUAUUUAAAUUAUUGAAAAAAAGGAAAGCAAACUUCCUGUGUCUGAUAAUCUGGCAUUCAGAAGGAGGAUUUUCAUGGAAAAAAAGGAAGUCUGUGGUAAUAAAGCUAGCCCAGAGGAAGGGGUAACAUUGCUUUCAUGAGUCAGCUUAAAAUGUGAGGUUUAUGCUGAUGACAUCAGUGUGGGCAAGAUCCCUGUGCCACAGGUUCAUUAACAUCAAACAGAGCUUCAAUCCAAGGUAAAAAAUGGGAAUAUCUUACUCCUCCAAAACGUAAGAAAGGACUAUUAUCUUGAGCAAUGGGACAAUUCCAUAGGUUACUACAGUAAAAUUCACACCCAUACCUCUACAUUUAGAAACUGUUCCUUCACCAUUCUGAGCAAUGCAGGUGGAUGGUAUUGACUUCAAAUAUGGGAAAUACUUACAUAAUGGCCCAUUGCCUUGGUGGAUUUCUUGACCUUUAAUAUUCAGCCUCCUGUCUCCAAGCACUUUCUUUUCUCAUAUCUGUACAUAAUGUCGAUAUGGUAGACUUAGAAGCUGGCACUUGAUGAGACACAAAAUUUGGAAGAAAAAAGAUAAACUGUGCAGUUGCAUGUUGCCCAGAAGCAGGGAAAGGCAUGCAGCCAAAUUCCUGCAGUGCCUUGUAUCGCCACAUGACGUUGCUUGGAUAUCAGCUUAUCAACAGACUGAGUUCCUACUGCCACCUUCACAUGAAGAAAGAGACCUUGCAAGGAAACAACACUGAUCACCAGUACCAGCUUUUAAAAAGAGGAAGAUCACAAUACAGGGUAUAGGAUAAAGAAUGGGAGAAAAACAGAAAAGACAACAAAAACUUUGGAAUGUUCCACGGAUUCCUUGCAUUCGGGUCCCUUCGGCUGCGUACACCCACAAUGCUUCCUUAAUGAAGGACCUGACCCAAGGGCAGCAACGCUACUUUUACAGCAUCAUGAGGAUUUACAAUUCCAGGCCCCAGUGGGAGGCCCUGCGGAACCGCUAUAUUCACAGCCUUCAGCACCAGCAGCUGCUUGGCUAUAUUACUCAACAGGAAGCCUUGGCUUGUGCCGCUGUACUUAGAGAUUCAACCAAGAGAGCCUCAGCUAAGGUGGCUCCUCAAAGAUCCAUCCCCCAGAAGCCUUCAACCAUGACAAGAACGUGGCUGCCAGCCCUACCUGGGUCUGUGGUUCGACCCAGGGCUCAAAGUGCAGGGCCUGGAUCCAUCAGGAAUUGAGACUUCGCACAAGCUCUGAAACAGGAGUUGCCUGAGAGGGAAUUACAGACUUGCUUGACAAGGGAUGUGCGGACAUUGAUCUGGAAGGAAGAUGCUAUGCCAUUACAAGAAAAAGAAAAAAAAAAAACAAAAAACCUCAUUGAUGAUGAUGUUUAUCUUUUCUCUGUAAUCAUUCAUAAAGAAUAAAGUUUCUUGACCUCUGUA